AUGGCGGGUCUCAGUCCCCUCGUCGCGGGCGUGCGCAACUUUGUGGAGCAGCACGUCCCGGAGGGCGACGGACUCGAGGAGAGGCAGAUGUUUGGGAUGGCGAUGUGGCUUGUUCGAGGCAAUAUGUUCCUCGGCGUCGGCCUUCGCUCCGGGCGGCUCCUACUCCGCGUCGGGGAGGAGAACGUGGAGGGUAUCCUCGAGGCGCACCCACUUGGCGUCGAGCGCUGCGGCGCUGCGAGCGGCCGUGUCUUUCCAGGCACUGUCAUGGUCGAUCAGGAGCACUUUCGCGGCGACACGCUAAUGGCACCUUGGUUCGACUACGCGAUGGCGCACAACCGCACGCUCUGCUCAAAGGCGUCGGCGGAAAGGCCGCGCAAGAAGCGGCCGCGCGAGGCACCGCCUGCCGCAGAUGGAGACGUGGCCGGAGAGGAGGCGACGGAGGCGGCAGCUGGGGAGGCGGCAGCCGGUGCCGGUACCGCGAGGCCGCGCCCGUCCUCAACAUCGGGCGGCGCCUUUGCGCGUUGUGUGCUCGACGUGAUUCGCCGAAUCCCUCGCGGGCGUGUCGCGGCGUACGGGCAGGUCGCCGCCCUCGCCGGCGCGCCGAGAAACGCGCGGCAGGUUGGGCACAUGCUAAAGGAGGGGUUGUGCGCCGGAGGUGCGCCAUGGCAUCGGGUGCUCGGAGCCUCGGGCAAGAUCUCGCUGCCUGCGAGCGGCGGUGGCGACGAGCAAAGGCGGCAGCUCGAGGCGGAGGGCGUCGUCUUCCAAGAGGGCGGGGCGGUGGCAAAGGGCGCGCGUUGGGAACGCAGCGAGCCCUUCUACGCGUGA